GCGAACGCUCGACUCGUACCAUAACAUCGCCACAGCCAUUAAAUUGUCGGGUUUUCUAUGUCGUGAAGUAGUUUUUUCUCUCUUCCGGGAGUCUUUACAAUUCCCCCAAGAUGAGUGCUCCAAGCAUACCUCUCUCCAGCAUAUUGAAAUCCAAGCAUGAAGAAGUAGAAGGAGAUGAGCCAAAGAAAAAAACACGUGAGGAGUGGAAGAAGGCCAAAGAAUUAGAAGAGGCUCGAAAGGCAGGUACUGUUCCAGCUGCUGUUGAUGAAGAAGGAAAGGACAUCAACCCUCAUAUUCCCCAGUACAUUUCCACUGCACCUUGGUAUUUUGGAUCUGGCGGUCCAACCUUAAAACAUCAACGGCCUCAGCCAGAGAAACAGAGUUCUUUUAACCACCUCAAUGAGCAUUAUGCAAGGGGCCAGAAAGGAAGUGUUUCCACACGUUAUCGCAAAGGUGCAUGUGAAAAUUGCGGGGCUUUGGGUCACAAAAAAAAGGAUUGUGUCGAAAGACCACGAAAAGUUGGUGCAAAAUUCAAUGCCCGCAACAUUGCUGCCGAUGACGUAUUACUUCCCACUCUUAAGCUUGAUUUUGAUGGGAAAAGAGAUCGAUGGAAUGGUUUCAAUCCAGCAGACUAUGCGGCCGUUGUUGAAGAGCAUCAGAAAGUUGAAGAAUACAAGAGACAGUUGAAAGCUAAGAAGUUAAAGGAUGGUGAGGAGAUGAGUGAUGAUGAGCCUGAUGAUGAUGAUGAAGAUGAGGACAAGUAUGCUGAAAGUGUUGACAUGCCUGGUACAAAAGUGGAUAGCAAGCAGAGAAUUACAGUGCGUAAUUUGCGUAUCCGUGAAGACACUGCCAAGUACUUGAGGAAUCUUGACCCCAAUUCAGCAUAUUAUGAUCCCAAAACAAGAUCUAUGAGGGACAACCCAUAUCGAGGAACAGGAAGAAAGGAUGACGAAGUUGAUUUUGCUGGAGAAAAUUUUGUCAGAUUUACUGGUGAUACUGUAAACCAAGCUAAAGCUCAGCUCUUUGCAUGGGAUGCUUAUGAAAAAGGUGUGGAUGUUAGCCUUCAGGCAGAACCAACAAAGCUUGAGUUACUAAAGAAGCAGUUUAUUGAUAAGAAGGAUGAAUUUAAAAAGAAAGUUUCAGAUGACCUUCUUGAAAAGUAUGGAGGGAAAGAACAUCUUGAUGUCCCACCCACUGAACUGCUAUUGUCUCAGACAGAAAAUUAUGUUGAGUAUUCCCGUCAUGGUAAAAUUAUCAAGGGCGCAGAAAAGCAAGUUGUAAGAUCCAAGUAUGAUGAGGAUAUAUACCCAAGGAAUCACACAAGUGUUUGGGGUAGUUAUUGGCGAGAUGGAGUAUGGGGUUACCGUUGCUGCCACUCAUUCAUCAAAAAUUCAUACUGCACUGGAGAGGCUGGAAAACAGUCAAAUACAGAAGUCCUCUUACCAACUGCCUCAACAUCAGCUGAACCAGAAAUAGCAGAGGAGAAAGAGGAAAAAACUCUCCUGGAAUUACAUCAAGAGAAAAUAGACAAGAAAAAGAAAAAGAAAAAGAAAAGGAAAAGCAAGAGCAAGAAUAAGAAAAGGAAGCGUAAUAAUAGUAGCAGCAGUAGCAGCAGCAGCAGCAGCAGCAGCAGUAGUAGCAGUAGUGAUUCAAGCAGUGAGUCCGAGAGUGAAGAACAGAAAGAAGAAAAGCGUAGGAAGAAGCUACGUGAGGCUUUGAUCCGAGCCAAGAUGGAAGAAGAUGCAGCAGCAAACAUGAUGAAAAUGGAUGAGCGCGUGAGAAAGUACAAUUCAAUGUAUAAUGCAAAGGCACCAACAGAAGAAGAGAUAGAAGCUUACCAAUUAAGAAGACAAAGAGAGGAUGAUCCAAUGGCAGCAUUUUUGGGCAAAUAACUGAAUUGCAGGUUUUCAUUACUCAGUGCUGUCAUUAUGUAAUUUUCUUUGAUGUGCACAUUAUGGGAGGGAUUGGGAAAUAAUUUGUAUAAAACAAAAAAUACAUAUUUGUUAAUAGAACUUACAGUAAAUUUGUGUUAUAUCUCAUUAAUGUGCAUAUAUUACCUGUGCAGUUUGUGAACUUACCCCAUACACAACCUGUAUACUACAACAUAGGAAUGUUUUUUGCAUAUUUUGAAGAUAUCUAUUUAAUGAAGAAUAGAGAUGUAACUCCUUUGGAAGAUGUCAAUAAUAUAUUGAGUAUCUUAAAUUGUCAAGAGUAAUUAGUUCUAAAAGUUUGUGACUAUAUCUGUAAUAAUAUUAGUAAAUGUAUGUUUCAUGUUUUUUUAAGUACAAUUAAGUAGAUGA